AUGGCUCCGUCUCCCGCACCUCACGAGAGACCCUCGGUCAUGCCCUCCCCUGCUUCUGCCUCCGUCGCCCCGACAGCCAACGGCGCCGCAUCUCCGCCCUCGCGCAGAUCAUCAGCUUCGAAAUCUGCCGCUGCACAGGCCUCUACUCAAAGGUCUGGAAGUAACAGUCCCAGAGCUGCGCCCGCCUCUGGCAAAGGCUCUCCCUCUAGCGCAUCCAAGGCUGAUGUCAACCCUCCCAAAGUUGUCAUCAAGAAGGAACCCGGCUCUCCAAGUCUUAACAACACGCGGCCCAGACCCCGUAAACUCGAUCUCUCCAAGAAUACUCUCAACAGCAAUUCACCCGCCUCGGCUGUUCCUUUGACCGCUAGAGAUGGUCUUGGAAUUCAAGAGGUUGGGCUGGCUUGUCUCUCCCCCGGCUUUGUCACUCAAGACCCUGUCAUGAAGGAGCAGCUUCAACGCAGUCUGAGUGUCCGCGAACAGCAGCGCAAUAUUAUCGAAGCUCGUCUGCAGUUGCAGUCAGCAAAGGGCGACGGUACACACCCUGACCGCGAUGGUGGGCCCCAGUUUUCCGCCAGAACUCCUGGAAUGUCGUCUCAUCGCAGACGUGCACCCCCGGGCCUGUCCAUUGUUGCGCCUUCUCACGAGCAAUUCGCCCACGAGCGCGUAAUUCAGUCCGCGCCUCUGGGUCACAGCUUCACCGGCCGCCACCAACCCGCGCCUUUGUCACGACACGUUCCCACUCAGCCAGGCCAUGGCAGCCAGUCGCACAUUCACCACGUCCCUGCCACGCAAACGAACAACCGUCUGCCACCCAUUCAUGAUGUCUUCCCGCAAUCGCAACAUGCCGACAGCCAUCCUUCCGCCUACGGUUCUGCGUCCCGCGCCCCGCUGGCUUCGCCUAGCCAUCCGCAGUCCGCGUACCAGGCUCCUUUGUCUGCGCGCCCCAGAGAAUACAAGUCAGCCGAGGAGGCCCAGCAAGAGCUCGCUGGCGGCCGCGCCGAACUCUUACCAAAGAUUGUGCACUACGGCGGACACCAGCCUCCCACGCCACCCUCGCCUGCCGGUGGUCGCAUCAGCGGUAGCAACAGCAAUCGCAGAAGAACCCGCGCCGAGUAUGAGGAUGGAGCGACCCCACCUCUCGGCCACGGCCCUUCGUCUAGCAGACGCGGCCCCUUUGGCGCGGGCCGUGACAGUCCGGAAUCACAGCGGGCAAAGCGCGAAGAGUUUUUGCGAAUUUGCGAGCGAGCUUGGGACCUGUUCCACUCGUAG